AUGGACGCGGAGGUGGCACCCCCGCCGACAAAUGUCCAGGUCAUGCGGACGCUCCAGAGCCACAGCGGCACGAACGAGGCGUCCGUGGACACUCCGAAGAAGCGGCGCGAGGGCGUGGCCCCGCACGUCGACGACAGCCCCAUCAAGGGCGUGGCUUCGCCGGAGGUCAACAGCCUCGCCCGCGCAGACGACUCCGGCGCGAGGGCGCACCAGGACGGCGCCGCUGCGGACGCAACGCAGGCUGCGGACGUCGACGAGCCCGCGCAGCGGGACGGCGCGGCGCCUGCGGGCCCCGGCGAACCCGUCCCGGACCCACCCGCCACGGUCGAGCCUCGCACCGAGGAGCACACGGACCAAGAGCCCGCUCCGGCGCCAGAAACGGACGCAGACGCAACAGAGCCCGACGCAGAACCCGAAAAUCCCGCAGCUCCGCGCGACCAGCGCGACGCAGGCACUGAUCGUCCUCCCUCGCCUCCCCCCCCGCCGGCCCCCGCGACGGACGCCGGCGCGAGCAGCGCGCCGCCAACGCAGCCCGCGCCCGCGCCGCCGCCCGUCGACCUCCCGGACUCCCCGGCGUCCCCGCACGCCCCGCCGGCCAACCCCGCGCGCACCGCGACGUCGCCCAGCGCCAACGGGUCGCGUAGCUCGCACGCGUCGCGCGGGGAGGGCCUCGUCUUCCCCGUCCUCGACACCGCGAGGCAGCCGAUCGACGCAGGCGAGCAGCUCGGCCGCUUCAUGCAUUCCCGCGAACCGUCCUUUGACCUGUACACCAGCCCGGAUGGUGCGCGCAGCGCCGCCGCGGGGCCGCCGCCCGCCGCGGACCUCCAGGCGGCCGGGAGCGGCGGCGGCGCGCAGGAGCGUCUGCGCAUCCGCGCGCCGCCGCCGGAGCGCUCCGUGGUGUCGGAGUCGUCGGUGUCGCUCGGGCGGCGGACGCCGCCAGACUACGACCCCGAGGCGGUGGUGGGGACGGGGGGGCUGGAGCCGCCGACGCCCGAGGAGGUGACCGCGCACGCAGAGUACCUCGGGAUGACGCCCGGGGCGGACGCGCCGCUGCUGUGGAUCGCGGAGCAGUCGCUGUGUGCGCCGGUGCCGGCGGGCUGGGAGGUGCUGGAGGAUCACACGGGGAACGCGUAUUUCUUCGAUACGAUCGAGCGGCGGGCGCAGUGGGAGCACCCGCUCGAGGGGGACUACCGGGCGCUGUUCGCGCUGAUGGCGACGGCGCUGCGCGGGGGUGCGACGUGCUCGUACCCUGAGGUAACGUCGGUCGCGCGGCACAUGGGCGUGGACAGCGCGAGCGAGCCGCUCCUGAUGUGGAUCGUCGAGCAGGCCGCGCUGGCGCCGCUCCCGGAGGGCUGGGUCGAGGAGGACGACGGAAAGGGGGGGGCGUUUUUCAGAGACACCCUCACCGGGCACGAGCAGCGCGCGCACCCGCUCGACAGCGUCUUCCGGAUGCUGCUCUUCGUCGAGCGCGACCGUCUCGCGAAGAACGUGUACUCGAUCGUCUGCGCGGGGGGCUCCGGCAGCCCGGACGGCUCGAGCGCAUGCAUGCGGCUGCACGAGGACACCACGGAUGGUCGUGUGUUCUACAUAUACGACUGGGUGACGCGGCAGAAGGUGAAGGAGGAGCGGCCAGAGCCGCCGCCGCCAGAGCCCGACCCGGGGUCGGAAAUCAUCGCGAUCGCGCCGGAGCUCGCGAAGGACGGAAGCGGCGCCGUGUCUCCCGCCGGCGGCAGCGGCCCCGUCGACCCCAUGUCCCCCGGCGUGUCCCCGGUGGGGGGGCGUGUGCCGCUGACGCUGCGUGCGACUCGCGCGGCCGCGAAGCCGUCCCCGGGCGGGCGUGCCGCGGCCCUCGGAGGCACGGUCGGCGGCGUGAAGCGUGGCGGCUGGGGCGUGCGGAAGGGCGAGGAGAAGCCCGAGGCGGCGCUGGCGCGCGCACGUGCGGCGGUGGAUGACGUGCGGCCGGAGGGUUGGAACAAACUCAACCCCCUGGCGCUGACGGUGUUCGCGGCGUACGCGCUCUGGAGCUUCGCGCUGGCCAUUCCGCUGCUGCGGCGCGUGGUGUCGAAGCCCCGGCCCACCGGGCAGCGAUGA